UCUAAGGAAGGGAUACACCUGGGAGUGACUCCUGUCAUCCUGAGGACCCGCUACAACCUGACAGCAGCUGAUGUGGGAACAGCUCAGAACAACAGCCAGGCCGUAGCUCAGUUCUUGGAGCAGUACUAUCACCCGGCAGACCUGGCUGAGUUCAUGAGCCUGUUUGGCGGGAGCUUCCAGCAUCUGUCUCAGGUGGAUCGAGUUGUGGACCAGGGAGGAGGAAAGGCCGGCAUUGAGGCCAGUCUGGAUAUAGAGUACAUCAUGAGCACAGGGGCAAACGUCUCCACGUGGGUCUUCACCAACCCAGGCCGUCAUGAGUCCCAGGAGCCUUUCCUCCAGUGGAUGCUUCUGCUCAGCAACAUGUCUGAUCUGCCCUGGGUUCACACAAUCAGCUACGGUGAUGAUGAAGACAGCCUGUCCACUGCCUACAUGAUGCGUAUCAACACAGAGUUUAUGAAAGCUGGCAUCAGGGGAAUCUCUUUGCUCUUUGCCUCAGGUGACAGCGGUGCCGGCUGUAGACAUUUAGGAAAAGAACAAAACUCCUUCAGGCCCAGUUUCCCAGCCUCCAGCCCAUAUGUCACUACAGUAGGAGGAACGUCAUUCAAGAACCCAUACAAGGUCACGUAUGAAGUCACAGAUUACAUCAGUGGAGGAGGCUUCAGUAAUGUCUUCAAGAUGCCUGACUACCAGGUCAGUGCAGUGGAGGGGUAUCUUAAGACUGUUGCAGCAAAACUUCCUCCUCAGUCGUACUACAAUGUCAGCGGCAGGGCGUAUCCGGACAUGGCUGCCCUGUCUGAUAAUUACUGGGUGGUCAUCAACAGAGUGCCAGUCCCCUGGGUGUCUGGGACCUCGGCAUCAACCCCAGUGGUUGGAGGCAUGCUGUCUCUGGUCAAUGAUCAUCGGCUGCUGAAGGGCCUACCUACCUUGGGCUUCCUCAACCCUCGCCUUUACAAGCUCAAGGGACAGGCCUUAUUUGAUGUGACUGAAAGGUUGUCACCUGGCUGUCUGGACGAGCAGGUUCAGGGGCAAGGUUUCUGUGCUGCACCGUCGUGGGACCCUGUUACUGGCUGGGGGACGCCAAACUACCCUGCACUACUGGCUGCCUUGCUAUCUGAGUGAGCACUUCGUGCAGUUCAUGGAAGCAGGUACUAAACACACAUCUGAACUCUAGACCAGGUGCCUGAUGCCAAAGACUGGAUAGUGUAAUAGAGGGACACCGAUGCCUACACUUUAGAUUUACACCUCUUUGUUUUUCUUACAUGUUCAUUUGAGGUCGAAACACUGCAUUAUUCUAAUCUGCAGGAAUGUUUUUAUCUGUUAUCAUCACCACCUCCAUCACCUUAAAGACACAGCUCCUUUUAUCUGUGCUUUUUUUUCCUCCAAAAAGCUUAAAACUGUUGCCUUGAAUGUUUUUAGGUCAGGGAGAGUGGUACUUUGGGAUUUUC